AUGGCUGGCUGUAUGCACAGUACCUAGCACAAAGCUCUCCACUUGGAAGGGGAUCCCAAUCUUCGUGCAGCCCCAACAUCCACCUGAGCACCUCAGAAAAUGCCCAAAAGCAUUUCAAUACCCAAACAACUGGCUUCAGUGAAAGCUCUGAGGAAGUGCUCAGAUCUGGAAAAAGCCAUUGCCACCACUGCUCUGAUUUUCAGAAAUUCUUCUGACUCUGAUGGUAAACUUGAAAAAGCUACUGCCAAAGAUCUGCUGCAAACCCAAUUUGGGAAUUUCACAGAGGGACAAGAAACCAAGCCAAAAUACAGAGAGAUCCUUUCUGAACUUGAUGAGCACACAGAAAACAAGCUAGAUUUUGAAGACUUCAUGGUCUUGCUCUUAAGCAUCACUGUCAUGUCAGAUCUGCUACAAAAUAUAUGGAGUGUAAAAAUUAUGAAAUAGUCUCAAAUAAGAUGUAUAAAAUAAUGGCAAAAGACAAUAAAGUGUUUCCAUCUUAUUUUUGAUUAACUGAAUAUAUCAAUCAUGCAGCUGGAAUUGCCUAGGAUAGUUCUGAUUGCUAGUAUUCAGAUUCAAUGUAACUCCAAAAAUUUACCCAUACACUUCAGGACUGUUUGAAUGAUAAGGUCUCUGUAUGCUUUACAAUAUGAUAGAUUUUAUAUCACUGAAUAAUGCAUUGCUUUUGCUGAGUCAAAGGUGACCUAGAGCCUCUACUUAUAGUCAUUGAGUCACUCAUUCAUUCACUAAACAUUUGUUGAGCAUCUGCUUGAUGGGACUGCUGAGGAUACAGUAAUGAAUCAGGCAGACAGUUCCCUCCUUCAGACAUGCUGGCAGAAGUCUAGCAGAAGAGAUGGACAUUGAACAAUUUUUAAUUAAUUGCAUACACAGUAUAAUUAGAAUUGAAAUAAGGGCUAUAGGAUGCUAAAAGAGAUUAUCACCUGAUGUGAGUUCAAAGGUCAGAGAAGCUUUACUGACAUUCUAUAAAA